AUGGAAGAAGCAGUGAAACUCUUCAAGCAGAUGCUGGCAAGUGAAAUUAAGCCUGGCGGGUUGGCAUCUAUUUCUUUCAUUAAGCAACUUUGUUUACAGGAACAGUUCUUGAGGCAUUGGAGUGAUACAUUGAGAUGUAAAAGAAAUAUUUACUCAACACAUGUUGAUCCAGAUAUUUAUUCGAUUCUUUUAAUUGAUCUUUCUCAAGAAGGUCAUCUGGUGGAAGCUGCAAAUGUAGUUAGUGUAAUGGUUGAGAAUAGGAUCCAAUUGAAAUCUCCUUAUCUUGAUAAUAUAGAUGUGCUCCUCAGUAGAAUUGGUGAAAAGGUGCUUGCUCGGCGUUUGAUGAGUUUGAAGUGA